AUGGGGUUACUCAGAUUUGUCCAGGGAUGUGCGGGGGUGGAGAAGGAGAAGUCUUGCCGACUUUCUACCCGAAGCAGCCGCCCUCGCGCGGGGUUGAUUCCCUCGCGCGGGGUUGAUUAUCAAAAGAAGCAGGAGAAGCAGGAGAAGCCGGCGCGUACCAUGGAUAAUGAAUUCGAUUAA